AUGGGAAAGCGUACCCAAGGUCGCCGCCUUCUCGGUUUUCCUGGGCUGAGGGAGUAUAAAGCCUCCGCUCCUCCGGCGUGUUGGCAGUUGAUUCUCAACGCCUCAACACUCAAUAUGGUCCGCGCACUGUUCACCGUCAUGGUCCUGGCCCUCGUGGUCGCCUUCGCCGCCGCCGGUGGAUUCGGUGGACGCUUUGGUGGAUUUGGCGGUGGAAAAUUCGGUGGAUUCAGCGGCGGAGGAUUCGGAGGUGGAUUUGGAGGUGGACACAGAGGCUUCGGCGGAGGUUUCGGAGGAUUUGGAGGCGGACACGGAGGGUUCGGAGGUGGAUUUGGAGGCGGACACGGAGGGUUCGGAGGUGGAUUUGGAGGAUAUGGACGGUAAACCACGGGCUCUCACAACACAACAGAAGAUCAUGUGCUUAUAUUUCGAUAAUAAAAUUACUGCCAAAGAGA